AGUUCCUAUAAACCCACUCCUCUCCCUUCUCUGCUUCUCCAACCUCCUUCAACUCGCGCUGCAUAUAACAUGUCCAAGAUCGAUCAAAUAAUGUUACGCUUUCGCCCUAUCGCCCCCAAACCCCUCCCCGCCGCCGCCUCCCUUUCCGACGCUUUCUCCUCGGAAAACACCGGCGUCUCCAAGCGGAAGGAUAACACUGGCAGCAAGCGGUGCAGUCGAGGGAUCCGCCGGAGGAGAAACGCGCCUCCUCCUCCUCCUCCUCCGCCUCCGGCGGUGACUCUCCCGCUGCUACCGGAAACUCCAGAUCCGAAGAAAACUACCUCCGAACUAAAGAACAAGAACGUACCGGUGUGGCUGAGCUUCGAAAACAGCUUCAAGAACCGCGGCGGUACUGCUUCUGAGAAGGUGGAUCCGUGCUGGUACUCUCCGGCAGCGGGAUCGGUGGUGACGGUGGAGUGCGUGAUGGACAGGUGGCAGCCUCAGGAGGAGGGACUAGGGUUGGGGAGAGGAGACGUGGAACGGAAGGUUAAGCUUGAGGAGGACACGUGUCCGGGGUUUAUAUCGGACGGUUACGGGAGGGUGACGUGGACGAAUGGGGCGUACAGGGAAAUUAUGGGAGAGGGAGGAGUAUGGUUGGCAAUGAAGGUGACCGUACCGUGUUUGUACAGAGGUUUCACGUGCAGGGUGAGGGUGCAGUACGCCUGUGGUAAAGAGAGAACGGUGCCAUGUGAUGUUUGGAGAAUGAACAGUGGAGGCUUUGCCUGGAGAUUAGACGUUAAAGCUGCUCUUAGCUUAAGCUUAGCUCUCUAAUAACCAUAACUAAUCAACUGUGAAUAUAUCACCUUAGGCCAGGUAGCUUUUUUUAGUGUAAAUUCUAAAGUAGAAAUUAAUGCUGAUCGGAACAACACGACUUUCCGAUCUUAAUUUGGACGUGAAAAGUUAAGUUGAUUACUCUGCGUAUAUCAAUUAUGAGUAUCAAUACUCUACGGUAUGAAUGUAUGAUCGAUCAUUAUCGUGUAAUGUUUCCUAGCUAAAUCCCACUAGUGAUAUUGAUCUGUGGCUUAUUUAUAUAUCAAAUCUUAUCUU